AUGGGAAGGGACGAGCCCGGGCCCGGACCUCGACCGUCCCGGGGAAGGGCCGAGGCCGGACUGGCCCGCCAAGCGACCCCCGCCGAGCCCCAGCGCCCUUACCCCCUGCGCGGGGGGUCCGGUCCGGUCCUGGAGCCGGCUCCAGCACGUGGGAGGAAAAAAGUUGGAGACGCGGUGCCCUCUGAGACCGGCCGCUACCCGGACCCGCACCCCCUUGUCGUCCGUCCGUCCGUGUCCCCCCGAUCUGGCCGAGGGAGGGUCUCAGGGGAGACCCCCGGGCUGCAGGGGGAGGUGCGUCUGCACCCACACCUUCGUGGGGACCCCCCCGCGCUGCCCGUCCGUCUGUCCUUCUGCCCGGCCACCUCUCCCUCCGGCCGCGAUGCCCGUCCUGUCCCCCACCCCGACUGCCCUAGCCCCCUGCCCCUCUGGCCCUGGACCCCGCCUGCCCCCGGGCGGGGCUUCCCUCCUCCCGCUUCGUUUGAGCUUCUGUCCGACUGUCCGUCUGUCCUUCCGUCCGUCCGGGCUGCCAGGUCUCCCGCCGGGCUGGGGAGCGGGGCUGGGGAGCGGGGCCGGGGCCGCCCGAGGCCGAGGCUACCGCCGCUCCAAGAAGUAGGUGGUGCUGUGGUCCAAGGCAUCCAGGCGCUCCGCUCGACCGGCCUCCGCGAGGUCCUAAACAUGCACCGAGAAGGAGCUGCCCUGCCCUGCCCUCCCCUGCCCUGCGCUGCCCUGACCUUUCCUGCCCUGCCCUGA